UAUGACGUUGUCUUCCUUCCUCCCUAACCACAGACACAUUAAGCUCCAGAGUCAGAGUUAGCUUUAGAGAUGUCAGGAGUCGAGGACAUAUCAGACGAGUCUGUGGACGUGAAAGAAGACACGGGGUUUGAUGUAGAGGCUGAGGACCAGCUCGAGGAUGAUUACUUUCUUGACCCGACUCGCUAUAUCUUCUACAGAGACCGAAAGGAGUGGGCUGACCUGGAGCCUGUUCCUCAGGAUGAUGGACCAAAUCCGGUAGUGAAGAUCGCCUACUCUGAGAAAUUCUCAGAUGUGUAUGACUAUUUCCGAGCACUCCUGAAGAAUGAUGAAAGAAGUGAUCGGGCCUUCUCCUUGACAGCAGAGGCCAUUGAGCUGAAUGCUGCCAAUUACACAGUUUGGCACUACAGGCGAGUACUGCUGCAAGCCCUAUCGAAGGACCUGAGGGAGGAGAUGAGGUACAUUACUGCCAUCAUCGAGGAGCAACCCAAAAACUAUCAAGUCUGGCAUCACAGACGUAUGGUGGUCGAGUGGUUGAAAGACCCCUCAGAGGAACUAGAGUUCAUUGCGGACAUUCUCAGCCAAGAUGCAAAGAACUACCACGCCUGGCAGCACAGACAGUGGGUCAUCCAGGAGUACAAACUGUGGGACAAUGAGCUGGAGUUUGUGGAGUGCCUUCUGGAAGAAGAUGUGAGGAAUAACUCUGCAUGGAACCAGAGGCAUUUUGUAAUUUCUCACACCACAGGCUUCUCUGAUCCAGCCAUAGUGGAGAGAGAGAUUCAGUAUUGUCUGAUCCAGAUCAAGAAAGCUCCCCACAAUGAAAGUGCAUGGAACUAUUUGAAAGGGAUGCUGCAAGACCAAGGUCUGUCGUCUCCGCCAGGCCUGCUGGAGAGGAUCCUUGAGCUGAAGGAGACGCACUGUUCAUCUUAUCUUCUUGCAUUUCUGUUUGAUUGCUACGAGGACGCCCUGGAGACCAGCAACAAAAAAGAAAACGUGACGGAAGAGGAACGAAAGGAAACUUUAAUAAGCGCUCUAGAAAUUUGUCAGCUUCUGGCUCAGGAGAAGGACACCAUCCGUAAGGAGUACUGGCUGUUUUUGGGACGUUCUUUAAAGAACAAACACGGAAGCAGUGAUGAGCCUCUGGCAGACGAUCCUUAACCAUCAGUCCCAGCGUCCGGGCAGCAGGAGAUGAGCUAGACCACCAGGAGGCUCGCACCUUUUCCACUCCUAUCCUGCUUCACCAAUACUGUCAUCAGAACCAACCCAUGCAGUUUGAUAUUACUGUAAAAUGCUAUAAUGUAUGUUGCUGAGGUAGUUUCUUACAAUAGCCACUAACAUGAGAUCGCUUAGGGGAAGGGAUUGAGGUGAAAUCAAACAGAGGAUUACGUCAAUUGUCGCUUUUUUUUCACCUAAAAGAACUAGGACUUAAUAACUACUCCAUUAAGCUGUCAUUUAGUCAGUUUAUCAUCACCUUUAGAUUUUUUAAAGAGGCUGUUCUCACUAGGUUUGAAUCUGAAUAUGUUUAGAGAGAAAAAUCUACACUAGCAGGAGCUUUCUGUCAUGUUCAUUAUUCAGUUUUGUUGCUUUUUUAAAAUUUAAUUUAUAAGUUGGUUUUGUGGUAACUAAAGUUUUCCAAAUAACAGGGAUAUUUUUGAAUGGACGCUUAUUGGUAAGACUUUAAAUGGAGCAUAGUGUGUAUGUAAAACCACCAUUUCUUGGUUGUUUAGUGGUGUCUGUCAGAGAAUACAUGUAAUUGUGUUAAAUGGAGGACAGCAGAAAGCAUCUUGAAGAGAAAAGUCAAUUGUAGUAAUACUGAGAGUGGUUUGUAAAACUAUGUAUCAGUGAUAAUAAAGCAGAUGAGAGAUGAAA